CAAGUUAUCUGCGGAGUUCAUCAAUGACGACAUUUAAGCGUGAGUGUCAAAUCAUUUCUUGUUUUCAAACAAUCAGAAAGUCUAAUAUUAAAACUGAGCUAUGCCUUCGUACUCGGAUAUCAUCGCAAUGGCUAAAGCCAACUCAGAGCGUGGUGCCAAACAUUUACAAGAUAUGAAGAAACGUAAACAGGAGGAGACUGAAAGAUCUAAAUUAGAGGCGAUACAGAAAGAUAUUGAAAGAAAACGUGCGGAAGAGGAGUUAUCUAAGCGACGUAAGCAAGUUGAGGAUCGUAAUAGAGAAUUAGAAAAUCGAAGGAAAGAUGAGAGUAGAAGAAUUAAAACUGCCAUUGAUAAAACAAAAGUAAAUCCUAACUCUCGGAAGGGUUCGUCUAAGAAUUCAUCCGAUGUCCUGACGAGAGAGGAGAAACGUAAAAUCAAGCAAAUGAAAGAGUUUGGUGAAUACAAUCCACGUAAGAAAUUACAAACAGAACCAAAAAGUAAACAUCUAGGUAAAUCGAACGAGCUUAUUCCCUUGAAUCAAAAGAAAAGAGAUACAAGGACGGUAGAUGAAAUUCAAAGAGAUCUUAAGAGUAAAAGGCAUAAGUCUUUGGAGAAAUCUAAGAGCUCAUCAACAAAUCGUACAUCACAGAAGAAGAACGAACAAUAUUCGUCAUCCAGUGAUCAAGACGAUGAUCCAGACGAAGAAGCUAUAAAUAACGACUAUGUUGGCCAAGAUAUUUGGAAACUCUUUGGAAAAGACAAAUCAAAAUACUUGGAACGAGAUUAUAAUAGUGACGAAAGUGAUGUCGGUAUGGAGGCUACUAAUGAAGAUGUCUUGCAUGAGGAGCUUAAAAGCUCUCGGUUUGGUAAACAAGAAGAUGAAAAGGAAGCUGCUGAUUUACGGCGUCAUGAGUUAGAGAAGAAGAGAAAAAGACUUGCAAGUAAAUAAUUUUGCGUUUAUCGCAUUAAUUAUUUUGCUGGAACGUAUCACAUGUCUGAUUAUUGUCAUGUACUUCGUCAUCACAUCAAAAUUUCUAGCUAAAACAUUUUGGUUUACUUUGUUUCUCGCACGACCGUCCCCAACGGUAUUCAAUUUGAAUGAAAGACACAUUAAAUGCUUCUUCCAGAUAAUAACUUUUUAAAACUAUAUUUCUAUAACCGCGCUUGCUAGACGGUUUAGAUCGCACUGCUAAUAAAAUCGAAGAUAGGGGUAGUACUAUAAGACACCUUGAAUCAUGGUGCAUAAACGGUAUAUCUAUAGCUUUAUUAAAU